AUGAUUCCGCAUAUGGAUUAUUUCGAUCCAUCUUUCCAGCGCUAUUCGCAAGCACUUCCCGCGUACCCCGACGCCCAACAUAUAAAUAACUACGCCAUGGCGCACCAGUCCGCCUCAAUGAUGGGGAUGGCUCCUUCGGCGACGAAGAACGAGACAAAACCCCGUCUAGGCAAGGAUGAGGUGGACAUCCUGGAGCGUGAAUUUCAGAAGAACCCCAAGCCCACGACCCAGACGAAACGUGGGUUUGCCGAAGACAUGGGGGUAGAGUUAGCACGGAUCAACAAUUGGUUCCAGAACCGCCGCGCAAAGCGGAAGCAAGAAAAGAAGCAGGCGGCCUACGAAGCUGCACAGGCUGGGGAGGCAGCAUUGGCGUACUCGGACGCGGCCUCAUCCCCAGAAUUCUUCGGCGGCAAUGGGUUCCUGAACGAUGGUCAGCGGCUGCCCAUGCAGCAACAAUCGGCAUCUUUCCCCGUAAUAACGGGCCCACCACCGCCAGCUGCCUCGUAUAACCCUCAAUACAGAGAUCCCCCAACCGCGACGAUCCAAUCCCUUCAUCGGACAAUGGCUGCCGCGCAAGCCGCCUCGCACCAGGACUUUCAGGAUGGCUUUUUUGAGCAGGGUGAUUUGGCGGCAUUUGACGAUUGCCUUGUUCACGAUUCCUCGAACGAAGACCGGGCUCAAUUCCCUGCUUCGGAAAGUUCCAUGGCCCAAUUUGAUGGAGGUCAGAGCUACUCAUACCCACCCACAUUCUCCAACAAUAUUUAUACCUCGCCUCCAUCGAACAACGACGUUGGAGCGUCCCCGGCAGACCGAAAUGCUGAAACCCACGCCGCCUUUAAUGCGUAUCCGACGUCGUCCGGGUCGGACACCAACGGUUCGCAUAUGAUGGCCACAUUCCCAUCCCAGUUGCUUGCCGCGAACCACCAUGGCCUUGCUCUCUCCAACGACGCGGGGAAUGAUCAAAGUCCCGAAGAGGCCAAUGGAGCAAACCAUGCAAUUGACUUUACGUACGAUGUCGCGGAAUCUGACGAAUCCUCCGACUGCCUGCCCGAUCCUUCAACCCAGUUCAAAGCACCACCUCCACCAACAGAUAUCGCCUCGCGCCGUAAAAAUGCGGUUAAACCCGCUGCGCUGACCGCCGAGACGCUGCGAAGUCGCCCAUCCGUUGGACCAAGGACAGUAUCUCAUCCAGAUGGCUUCCGUCGGCCGGGGGAAAGUCCAAUUUCCUCGCCAAUGCGCCGUAUUGUGUCGGCGGGAGUUAACCGGAACAUCAUGUCUGGUCGGAUUUGCAAGUCCGGCGGCAUUGAGUCCGCGCAACGGUCGCCCAUAAAUCUGGGUGGUUUUGCUGAUGCCGACACUUUCAUGGAACACAACCUCCACAGCAUCCGGAACCCGCCCUCAUUAACGGCGCUCUCAUCCCUCAAUAGCAGUCUGGCCCCGCCCACUCCGAUGUCUCCACGAGAUAGGGAAAUGACACUCGUCAAGGAGGGCACAAGGUCGACUGCAUCGCCACUGGACGGAAGCAUGAACUUUGUAUUUAACACGGCUGUGCCCGGUUGCUUCACAUCGAUGGAAGGCGACCAGAAUUUGGCGUCGCCUCCUGAGACACCACAGGCCCAGAUGGUUGUGCAAACAGGCAAUGCAUGGCCCAAUACCGCCGAGUACCAUGAGAAGCGAUGGGGUUACGAGGCGCCCGACGAGGCUCUGUUUACGCCUGCCCAAGAAAUAUUCCCUCGGGAAUUGCACAUGCCUCAACCAACAUAUCUCGCGAAUUUAAGUCAACCUGUCACGCCGGCCUUCGGUCAGUUCAAUAACCCUGAUCUGAUCUUUAGCCAGGAAUCGCCUCAGUACCUGGAUGAGUCUCCGCAGUACGCAUUCUCAACACAGAGUAACUCGGAGUACUCCUUUCCGGACUCCCAGGGCCAGUAUUCCAUGGCGAUGUCGACUUCGCCUUCAAUGAACAAGCAGAAGACCUUCCAAUUUUCGAACAGCACUCCAGCAGACUUUUCAGAGAAGCAAUAG